GGUGGGCCACUGACGCGGAAAUCCUCUAUUCAGCCCAUGGGGGACCUCCGCGGAUACUUCUUCGGCGGGUGUGACGUCUCACACUCGGAGACUCUGCAUGCCCUUGCUCUAGAUGGUUUUAUAUGAGGACCAUGGGUCCUUGUGGUACCAUGGGUCUUGAGGAAGUACCUCUUCAGCUCUUGAUGCAUUUAUCUGUCUCGUUUGGCUAUAUCACAGACGCCUUUUUACUGACUCGAAUGGACGUUAUUGACACUGAAUUGUACAAGUCUAUCGGCAACGUCGAAGCUAGGAAUCUAAACUUGAAGAUAGUCAUCGCGGUGUGAGGUUGGACAUUCAGCGUUCCCGGCCCGUGGCAGAAGGUCUUCCCUUCAUGGCAUCGAACAAGGAAUUCGCAGUCUCAUAGGCUGACUAGAUUGUUAUCUGAAAAUGGCUACAACAGAGUU